AUGGUGCUGGUGGGGAAGACUGGAGCAGGGAAGAGUGCAUCAGCAAACACCAUCCUGGGAAGAGAAGGCUUUGAAUCUAAGAUGUCACCUAAUUCUGUGACAAAAGAGUGUAGGUUACAUGUGGUCAAGUCAGGUGGAAAGACCAUCUCAGUUACUGACACUCUGGGUGUGUAUGACACAUAUUUAGAUGAUGAGGCUUUGAGGGGUGAGUUGGAAAGCUGUAUUUACAUGACAGCUCCUGGACCCCAUGUGUUCCUGCUAGUGAUCAGUCUUAGGGUUAGAUACAGCAAGGAAGAGAAGGAUGCAGUGCAGUGGAUCUGUGAUAAUUUUGGGAAGGAAGCUUUACAGUAUGUAGUCGUACUCUUCACUCACACUGAUGGGCUCAAAAAUAGGCCUUUAGAGCGAUAUGUUGGUGAAAGUGAGGAUCUCCAGACACUCAUUAGGGACUGUGGGGACAGAUUUCAUGGUUUUAACAAUAAUGACAGAAAUCCAAAUCAGGUCACUGAACUGCUGCAGAAAAUUGAAUGCAUGGUGGAGAGCAAUAGAGAGAGGGGAAAAGAACACUAUACUAAUGACAUAUACAAGACAGCCCAGAAACAGAUUGAAGACGCUAGGAGACUAAAGAAGGGAAAAGAAAUAGCUCUGGGUGUGGCUGCUGGUGUAGGAGUGACAGCAGCAGUAUCUGGAGGAGUUGUGCUCGGAGUCACAAGUCUCCUGAUCCUCCCAGGGCUGUUGAUUGGAGUAGGGGCCGCAGCAGCAGUGGGAGGUGGAGUGGCGCUCCUUGUAAAAAAAUUAUCCGAAUCAAAGAAUUCGGAACAUGAUGUUUUGAGAAAUAACAUUUAA